CCAUAAUAACAUCGGGCUCGAGCUCCUAUGGGCAAAAAUGAAAGUAAUGCAGCUGUCAAGGUGCUGCUUAUUCAACAAAAAUUGCCUGCUAAGAUCUGCAUCAUCUAAUUUUUGCAGAGGCAAAAGUGAAAAUCUGACAAAAGCGUCAACGAAAAUCAUCCCUAGCAGAUGGAUAACCUCGGGCCCAUCAAAAGUUAGAACUUUAACAUGCCCUCAAAACAUUGAUGGGGGAUUCAGCCGAGCCCCAAUUAUUGGUCGUUUUAAAGCAUUUCUUUUCCGUUUGAAAUAUCCAAAAUUUAAGUUUUGGGACGCUGUAGAUGGAUGCAAAGAGGUAACUCCACUCGUUGGUGAUUUGAUCGGGAGUGGCAAUUUUAAUAAACUUGAAGUUAUGGUGGAUAGUGAGCUUCUGAAGUGCCUAAUGGUGAACAUAGAACAGCAACCUUGGAUUAAGACUUUAGACUUGGGAGAACCCAACACCAAAUUCUGUUUUUGGCAUUCAUUUUGGGAAACAAAGAAUGAAGAAACUGGGGCAUUGAGGAUAGCUAUAGAAACGGCACUUUAUAUGAACUGGGCGGAACCCAAUGUCGUUGCUGUAGCUCAACAUUUUGUAUUUCAACGAUAUAUCACUGAAGAUAACGACCAGGACUGGAUUGUAACUAAUUACAACCUCAUGAGAAUGGACAAGUGACACCUCGGCCUUGCUGAUUGAUAUUGAAUUUUUUUUUACUGGGAGGCAGAAAUGAAAAAGAAAUCUGCCUUUAUACAAUAUUAAAGUAUAUAUCUGUCUGAAAAAA